CUCGAGGUGGCAAGCCAGUGAGUAACAGCCUCAUACAGCUGGAGAGACGAUUGGACACGCUGGUUUAUAAGCAUGCUUUACAGUACUUAUAAUUCCCACAUGUUCCAGGAUAAAGAUAUUGUACUGCGCAGAGCGACCGAGGGGCAUUGUUGCUGUUUCCGAUGCAGCAAAUCCAAGCAACUCCCAGUGUAGCACUCACGCCACAACCCAAGCAUCCCAUGCUGACCCACUCCCCAUCCGUGUUGGUCAGCCCACACAUGACGUCUCCGCAUCCUGCUACACCGCCCAGCAACACCACACCGCACCCUCUACAUAUUCACCCAACCCUCUUUUUGUUCACAAACACCUCUGGUGCAAAGCAUUCGAAAUCUGGAAGGCUAAAAACGUCCACCCACAGUCAAGGUACGGCACGGACGGUACUUGUGGAUACCUGGGUCAACGGCGCGCCACGCCUCCAGCGAUUGGCCCUGCAGCAAGCGUGCGACGAUCCCGGGUCGCGCGCCGACAGCAGAUCCCCGCCGCGCACCCCAAUCUCUGGCACGUCGAGGCCUGCCCGAAGCCGUCGCCGUCGCGAUCGGCGGCGCGCAGGUGACGGGUGCUGAGCGACACGAUCCACCGCGCUGCAGAUCUGCUGAGCAUCUGAGGUGUGUGGCUGUCGCGCGCGGAAUCCAGUGGCUGCGAGGGUGGGACGG